AUGUGUGCGGAUAACAACACGAACGCGGUGGCUCAACCCUCAACGGCGGCGACUCAGGCAACGCAAUCGAACAACACGACCGAUCAUGAGGUUAUGAUCGUUGCUGAAGACCACGACGAGAGCGACGCUGCAUCAAAUCUUGGCAGCACCGUCGCAUCCUCGAGUACGAGUGUCAGCAGUUCUAUCCUAGAAUAUAGAAUGGAAAACGGGAGAACGUAUCACGCAUACAAAGACGGCAACCUCCAGCACAACCUCUUCAUCUUGACCUUUGAUAACAAGCUCGCGACCGCGCCACCCAAUGAUCCAGGAUCGAAGGUCGGCAAUGUUCUCGACGUUGGGACUGGUAGCGGUAUCUGGGCCAUUGACUUUGGAGAAGAGCACCCUGAUGCUGAGGUUUGCGGAGUCGAUCUUUCAGCUGUUCAGCCUGAGUUUAAUCUGAGUCCCGGAGGCUGCUUGGAGCUGAUAGAAUUCGAUGCCGUGCCAACGUCAGAUGAUGGCACUCUGAAGCCUGACUCUGCGAUAACGAAGUCGGCUACUUUGCUUUUCGACGCGGCAGCCAUUAUUGGUCGACCAUUCGAAGACAUUAGCAGGAUGAAGGAUGUCCUGAUUGAGACCGGGUUCGAGGACGUCCACAAACAGCUCUACAAGUGGCCGACAAACUCGUGGCCCAAGGACCCGAAGUACAAGGAGUUGGGGAUCUGGAAUCAUGAGAAUGCCAUCGCUGGCUGGGAGGGCUUCUGCAUGGCUCCGUGCACUCGGAUCCACGGCUGGAGCAGGGAAGAAGUUCUCGUUCUUAUGGCAGAGGCCCGGAAAGAGUUCAAGGACAGGACGAUCCACGCAUACUUCAACAUGUGA